CUUUGAUCGGUAUUAUAAUAUUCUUAAGUCAUUGUGAUACGAGACGCAGAUCCCCUUUCUGCGUUAUAAAAAGCAAUAUGUAAAAAAUCCGAUUGUCCGAAUAUCUCUCUUCAAAAUGUCUGCACUAUUUACAAAAAGACUUUCUAAAGAAUUAGUAGAUCUUAAAAUUAACCCACCGGUAGGAAUUGAAGUAACGGAAGCAGACACAUUCAAAAGUUGGAAGUUAACCCUUGACGGUGUGGAUGGAACACUAUAUGCCGGGGAACGAUUUACUCUGGAAUUUCGGUUUAGUCCAAACUAUCCCAUGGAGUCUCCCGAAGUUGUUUUCACGGGAAAUAUACCAAUACAUCCACACAUUUAUAGUAAUGGACAUAUAUGUUUAAAUGUCUUGUAUAAUCAGUGGAGUCCAGUCCUGAGUGUUCGGUCUGUUUGUCUUUCGAUACAAUCAAUGUUAUCGAGCUGUACGUGUAAGGAACCUCCACCGGACAAUAAUCAUUAUGUAAAGACUGCUAAAGCGUCUCCUAAACAAACUCAAUGGUCCUUCCAUGACGAUUCCGUUUAAGAUAUAAAUAUUUUUUUCUUUUAGGUAUUAGAAUUUGUAAUUAUUUUUUUUUUUAAAAAAAAAAAAU